AUGAAUGAAAUACGGCUAGAGGAGAGUACAAUGAGUGCAAAAUUAGAAAGCAACGAUGGAACCCCUCUGGCUAGUCCAAAUGACAAGUUAUCCACAAAAGUCCAUCCACAACACUGGUGUGGCCAGCACAAAUUUGAAGCGGACUCUCCGACAAAUUUUUAUGAUUACACGACAAGUAAAAAUAAAAACAAAUCGGCGAUGUGUCGUGUUGCCGAGAUCGCAAGAUUCAACAAAUUGCGUCACUUCUAUGAUCUACAAGACGAAAGUGGACCUGCUCAUAAAAAGUUAUUCACUGUUAGAUUAGUAUUGAACAACGAGGAAACGUUCGAAGGAAGUGGUACGUCUAUCAAACGAGCUCAACAAGCAGCUGCAGAAACUGCAUUGGAGAAAACCAGCCUUCCACAGCCAUCAGAAAGAAAUGCUCGACGCAGAUUGAACGAAAUGUCCAAACCACAUCGUGUGCUUCAGAAUGUAUGUCGAACGUUAAGUUAUGUAUCGCCCAAUUAUGUUUCUUGCAACCCGCCUGUGUUUCCGGACCCUCAGUGCAUUGUUCCUGAACACAUUCUUCUACCAGAACACGAGUACUCUAUGUACCAGCCACAGUUUCCAUUAAUGCCACUGGACCCCAAUAGACCGCUAGGACCAACAUUGCAAGCGGUAAUUUUUUAUUUUGUUUUUUUGUACUGUGAGAAGGUUAUUGUGUACGUUGAUGGAAAACCACUUGCCACAGGCGUAGCAGAAACGUUUCCAUUAGCUAAACAGGACGCGCGGCAAAAGCUCUCGCGAUUCUCGGACCGACGCUUCGAGAACACCAACUACACACAAAAGUCGGUGAUAAGCGACAUUCAUGAGAAAGCUCACUUAUUAAAACUAAAUGUGGUAUUCGAAACACUUAAAGAAGAAGGACCACCACAUGACCGCGUCUAUGUUGUGCGAUGUGCAUUCGUUUCUAGCAACAAGGAAGUUAAAGCUGAAGCAAUAGGAAAAGGAAAAAAGAAAAAAGUUGCACAACAAGAAGCAUGCACACAACUUCUUAAGAACGCGGAACACCUUUCUCCACAAACAAACCCAGUAUCAGUUGCUACUAACGUGUGUAGGACUCAGAAGAAACUUGCCUCUAUUCAUCGUGAACCAAAACGGAAAACAAUCGUGAAAGACAAGAAAAUGGAUCCGCAUUACGGGCAUCAAAUCAACCCAGUGUCUAGAUUGAUUCAAGUGACACAAGCCAAAAGCCGUCACCACCCUACAUUUGAACUUUUGUCUGAGAAUGGAGUCAGCAAGUAUAAAGAGUUUGUCAUACAGGCAAAGUAUGGUGAGAUUGUUUGUGAAGGUAAAGGACCGAACAAGCGAUUGGCUAAACGGGCUGCGGCGGAGGAGAUGUUGGACUUGAUAGGAUUUGUGAAACCGUUGCCUCCACCUGGAAAAAGUCUAUUAAAAAAGAACCCUGAUGCCGACUAUUCUCACACACAAAUUACGCAUUGGACAGGUCCACCAAGUCCGAAAGGUGUGGAAGAAAUUCCAAGUUUCCCUACACCAUCCGACAUCCAAACAAAAAUAUCCAUAGAAACAGGGCUAGAGGAAAAAUCUGAUGGUUCGCCCGACACCGAAAAACGACGAGUCACUUUCAAUUCUGAAGUUUAUGCAUGCCCACCUCCAGGUGAUCAAAACUAUCCUAACUCAAUUGUGCAAUCUCUCAAAAAGGACACGAUUGUCGAAGGAAAAUUCCGAAAACUGAAAAGGUCAAAGGAACACCGUCGAGUUUUAACAGCGGAUCAAAUGCAGGAAUUGUCGGACAAAGCAGAACUGUUUCUCGAUUCCGCGAAACAAGGUUUCUCAGCAGAUCCUUUUGACACUGCUCACCAUCAAUUGGAUCGACUUUCGCAAUGUUUCAAAUUUAGUGUUCAUUAUACAGCGUUCCCUCAAACAGAAAUGAAUCAAGAAUUCACAAUAGUGUCUCUGGGGUUGGAUACUCCUUUGGUUGGCCACGGCACCGGAGAUACAACUGAAGAAGCCGACGAGAGAGCAGCUCUUGAUGCAAUAACCAAACUCAAGCAAUUAGCGUCAAUAAGUCUUCAACCUUGA